GUUUCAAUUUUUUUUACACAAAUAAUCUGAAAUUCUAAAACUGCGAAGACGUCUUUGCCAUCCUCGGUUUGGGAAAAAAACCCGGAGACCUGACUGCGAAGGGCCACAGCCUCCUCUUCCAGUGUCCUCCCCCUUGCGAUGAUGAGCCACGCUCCGGCCGAGAGCCCCGGGCGCCUUCGGGAGGAGCGCCACGCCCCUGGCAUGCACCUACGGGGCCUCAGCGUCUCCAUCUCCCGGGGACACCGCCCUGCCUUGGGCUUCUCUCGGCUCCACGCUGCCGGUGGUUCUCCCGACGCAGAGGCGGGUGCCCGGGGCAGCGGCGCUCCUGACGGCGAGGAGCAGCCCCGGGGGGAGGAGGUCUCCGCCAAGCCCAUCUGGUGGCUCACCAGAACCACGUCCGCCAUGCUGCUCGCACAGGGCGUCCUCGUCAUGCUCUUCACGGCCUACGUCAGGUACCACCCACUGGCCGACGCCGCCUACCCAGGGAACAACCACCACCCGAUUUUGGGCGGAAGCAAGCAGGAUGAGAAUCCCGCCCACUCUCUCUUCAGCCACGUCCUCCACGGCCACCUCGUCCUCCUCGCCGGCGUGGGCCUCCGGCUGGUGUUCCUGCAGGAGGCCUCCUACGGGAGCCUGGGCGUCGCUGUCCUCCUGGCGGGGGCGACCGUGCAGUGGGCCAUCCUCUGCCAGGGAUUCAUGGCCGGCGAGGACUAUGUUUACCUGGAUAUUAGGAGCCUCCUAGCAGCUGAGUCCAGUGGGCUGUCCGCGUGCGUGAGCCUGAGCGCGCUAGUGGGCGUGGUCUCCCCUCUCCAGAUGCUCCUCCUCUCGCUUGUCCACGCCCCCCUCCACGCGGCCAAUCAGAAGCUGAGUGAACAAGUGCUGAAG